GCAACCACUCCCAAAACGCGCCUCGCCUGGGCACGCUGCAUGCUUCCACCUCACAUCCUCAACACCACCCUCGUCCCUCACUUCCAGACCGACGCCCGGCCUGACUCGGGGCAGGCACCACCGCCAACAUGCCUUCCUACCCGGCCUUGAGCUCGCCGACCUCGCCGCCGCACAAUCGCUUCCGAGAUCACAGCCCGACCAAGUCGUCGCCGCUACGGCACAUGAGCACGCGCUCCAACAACAGCGACACCGAUCGAGCUGCCAUUGUCAGUCGCCAAGCUGCCUUCAGCAGUAAUGUCCCCUCUACCUAUCACCGACCAGGGCUGUCUGGACUGGACACAUCAGGGAGUGAUCCCUUCCUAGUACCGAGCACCACAACAUCAACGACCACAGGCGCGAAACGAGAUAGAUCCGAAUCGCCGGUCAAGAAGAACGCCGCAUUCGCCAAGUGGGAGCAGCGCGAACAGGCCGAGCAAGAACAGAAUAAGCUGCAGCGCACGCCCUCGAGGAUGGACGUGUCGCCCCGAAAAGUGCGCGACGACGACUGGCGCACCACCUUGGGCAGGAGUGAAAACCGUGGAGCCUUGAGACCAGUCGCAGAGAAUCGAAGUCCUCCCACCAGACAGCCUCCACCGUCCAGCAAUGGCUUCACUCACCUCCGGACCGAGUCGAAGGAGAAUAUACGGGAACGACCGCCGAGUCGCGAGAAGCUGGAUUCGCCCUUCGCAUCACCCACCAAAUCACCUGGCCACACACGAGGCGUUAGCGAAGAUCUAGCAUUGCGGCCAGCAAAAACACCCAACCGUGUCACGUUUGCAAGCGAGGACACCACUAUGAGAUCUCCUUCGCCCGAGCUCAGAUCGCCCCCUUCUCCCACCAAAAAUAGUCUGGCGACGCUGUCGCGAUCAGACUCCAUGCGGGCCAGCACACGACCGUCCCGAGCGCGAGGGCAUGCGCGCUUCGGCUCUACAGAUAUGGCCCCUCCGCAGUUAGACGGCGAAGACCUCGGCCAGCUGCAAAAGUCAUCCACGCCCCAACUACGCCAUCUCAGUAAGAUCGCUACGCAGGAGGGUGUGACGGACGAUUUGGGCGUACACAAGCCGGAAGAGCAGGUGACGGGACUCAUGGGCAGGAGGAAGCUGCAGCGAUCAGGAUCGGUCAAGCCUAGAACGCCGAAUCAAUCACAAUUUGCGUCACAGUACUCAAGCACAAAAUGGAUGGAUACGCAAAGGAAACAUUUGCAGGCUUACGAAUACCUUUGUCACAUCGGAGAAGCGCGGGCGUGGAUCGAGGAUGUACUGGAACCAGAGAAGCUGCCUCCCAUUGUGCAGCUGGAAGAGGCGCUCCGGGACGGAGUUACGUUAGCUGAGGUGGUAGUCCGCCUCGCGCCCAGAUUGCCGCCCGAUCAACAACAAGCCUUGGGAUCGAAACGCAUAUGGCGAGGCACGCCGCUCACGUAUCGCCACACCGACAAUACCGCGCUCUUCUUCCGCUUUCUGGCAGAAAUCGACCUUCCAGAGCUGUUCCGAUUCGAACUAAUCGAUUUGUACGAGAAGAAGAACAUCCCAAAAGUCAUAUACUGCAUACAUGCCCUGUCAUGGCUUCUCUUCCGCAAGGGCGUCACAGACUUCCGCAUCGGCAAUCUCGUUGGUCACUUGGAGUUCGAAGAGCACGAACUGGAGGCGACGCAAAAGGGCAUCGAUAAGAGUGGUGUUGCCAUGCCCAACUUUGGUGGCAUGCGUGAAGCAAUGCAAAUUGAGGAAGAGCCAGAACCUCCUCCACCCACCGAAGACGAACUGCUUGCGGAGCAAGAACCGAUCAUCGUAGAUUUGCAAACGCAAAUUCGAGGCUCGCUUGUGCGCCUGCGGCUAGGCAAUACUAUGCAAGACUUGUGGGACGUGGAAGAGUCAAUAGCGCAUCUUCAGGCUAUCGCUCGUGGAGGCUUUGCACGAGAAGUCUUUGAUUUCAAGUAUGCGACCCACAAUGCUAAUUCGCAAUUUCAAGCGGCUGUGAAAGGGUAUCUGGUUCGGAAGAAACUCCAUCGGAAACGGGAAGCAUGGACGCAGAAUAAGGACGCUGUCGUCAAAGUCCAAAAUCUGUGGCGAGGCCGACAGGCGAGGGCUCAGACGAAGACGAUCCGCAAAGAACUACAGGCGCAUCGUCAUGGCCUCAAAGAGCUGCAAGCGGCUCUACGUGGUGCGAUUGGGCGAUGGCGUGCUGGCGACUUGUGGCAUGAGACGAGAAGCGAGGAAAACGAGGCCAGAGUCGUGGAAUUUCAAGCUGCUGCGAGAGCUGCGCUCGAGCGAAUGCGAGUCGGUGGCAUCAUGAAUCAACUCUGGGAUCAAGAGGCCACAAUCGUCAAAUUCCAAUCGAUGCUUCGAGCUCAAGCCGUCCGGUCUCUACAGGAGGACACUAGAGAAGAACUGGAAACAACACAGCAAGGGUUGGACAUUGUGCAGCUGCAGGCGGCCGCCAGAGCCAUGAUUGAGCGACGACAACAAGCUGUAGCUCAUGGUGAGCGCAAGUUCGAAGAACCAAGCAUUAUCCAGGCACAGUCGGCUGCGCGAGGUUUGCUGGAGCGACUGCGUACCGCCCGGACACUAGGCGCGCUGCAAGGACGAGAAUCGGCCAUUGUCAAGUUCCAAACACUCCUUCGCGCCAAAGCAGCAAGGUCUCAACAUAUGGACACGCGAGAGGCGCUCGACUCUCAAGUCGAGCAAAUCGUCCAGUUUCAGGCACUUCUUCGAGCUAAGGCGGAACGAUCGCUCUACCAAGACAUCAAGGAGGAAUUGCAGAAACAUAACGAAGGUGUGAAGUCAAUACAAUCGGCCGCACGAGCCAUGCUGCAGCGUAAGAGCAUCGGCGAGAAGCUCGCAAGCCUGGAAGAUCAGGAGACUGAGAUCACCGCACUACAAUCGCUUGCUCGCGCGUACCUCGAGCGACAGCGCAUCUUUGACCAGCUCGUCCAGAUGGAGAAGGAAGAAGAGAGCAUCAUCCAAGUGCAAUCCACCAUCCGAGGACUACUGGAGCGAAGUCGUAUCGGUGAGCUACUCGCCGGUGUUGAGGAGCAUGAAGCUGCUGUCGAGGGCUUGCAGACCGCAGUCCGAGCAUUCCUUGUGCGCAAGCACUUCGCUGACAAGCGAAGACACUUCCGCGAGAACAUGGAGAAGGUGAUCAAGCUGCAAUCCUUUGUCCGUGCCAAACAGCAGGGUGAGAGCUACAAGAGCUUGGUCAACGGCAAAAACCCUCCACUUCCUGUCAUCCGGAAGCAUGUGCACCUGCUGACAGAUAGCAAUCUCGAGUUCGAAGGUGAGAUCGAGGCAGAAAGGCUGCGAAGACAAGUCAUUGAGAGUGUGCGGCGGAACGAGCUGGUCGAGAGUUACGUGGAGGGCCUGGACGUCAAGAUUGCGUUGCUGGUCAAGAACAAGAUCACUUUGGACGAAGUUGUGAAACAUCAAAAGCACUUUGGUGGCUCGGCAUCCCAACUCCUCCGUAACGGAACUCAGCUUGCUCAUCCAUCCGGACUGGACCUGAAGGCACUCAACAAGAACUCUCGCAAAAAGCUGUCCAGCUACGAAGAGUUGUUCUUCCUCGUCCAGACGCAGCCUCAGUAUUUGGCAAGAGCCUUCUCCGUGCUGACACAGCGAGGCCUUCCCGAGAAAGACAGCAAGAACUACGAGCGACUAACAAUGACCUUGUUCGGCUAUGCACAGAAGAGCAGAGAGGAAUACUUGUUCAUGAGAGUCCUCGCCACCAGCAAUCAACAGACCGUCUCGCGGUGCCAGAAUGUCGAAGACUACCUGCGACAAUCGAGUGGUACGUUCCAGCACAGGCUCAUACUCAAUUACGUGCGCAACCCUCGCGAGCGGACCUACCUCAAGACGCUUCUUGGCGGCAUGGUGAAGGACGGCAUUUGUGGCCAGGACCACCUUGACCUGGAGAGUGACCCGCUGCAAAUUUAUCGAGCAAUCUUGAAUAACGAGGAGCUACAAACUGGCAUACCCUCUCAGCGCCCACGCGACAUUCCGCGAGAAGUUGUCAUCAGGCAGGAAGAUGUGAGACCGAGAUAUGUUGAGCACUUGGAAGACUUGCGAGAUCUGGGCGACGGCUUCUUCUUGUCGCUAGAAGAGUCUCUGCAUCGCAUGCCGUACGGUCUUCGAUAUCUGGUUGCAGAGCAGCACCGUGCUCUCUGCGCGCAAUUUCCCCGAGAAGACCCAGCUGGAUUGGCAAUGCUCGUGGGAUCAUGGUUGUGGAAGACAUACCUUCUACCAGCGCUGAGAGAGCCGGAGAUGUGGGGAGUUGUGGACCGUGGUCUCAGUCCCGUACACAAGCGCAAUUUGGCACAAGUGGUGACAGUUCUGAGCCAGGUCUGCAAUUCUGGUCGCCUCUUCGGUGUCGAGAACCUUUACCUACAGCCACUCAACAACUGGAUCGGCGAAAGUCUCGACCGGUGGUCAGAAUGCCUGCAGCACAUGUUUGACAUCUCUUCGCCAGAGGAACAGUACCAUGCGGACCAGUUCUCCGACCUGUAUUCCAUGACGAAGCCGGUGCUCUACAUCAAACUCAUGGACAUGUUCGCUCUGCACAGUUUGAUCUCAGACAACAUCUCUGCCGUGGCGCCUGACAGAGGCGACCCUAUCAGGGAACUUCUGACGGAUCUAGGCACAGCGAAAAGUAACGAGACUGAUCUAGGUGGUGCUACUAACGGUGGUGAAAUUACCUUGACGCUCAAGUCACGCUUCACUGUCCAAGAUGACCCAAGCGCAGAGUCGCGGCAGCUGUUCACAGCUACAAAACGACUGGUGCUGUACAUCAUCCGCGUGCAGUCGGGAUCGAACCUGAUGGAGAUUCUUCUGCGGCCCAUCACGCAUGAAGAUGCCGAUCGAUGGAUCUCGCUCGUCCAGGAAGAGCUCGCCGAGAAGGAACAACGGAAUCAUCGACCCGGCCACAAGCGAUCGCCAUCUCAGUUCGACCCUCGUGCAUCAAUGCGCUCGAAUCGGGCGCUGUCAGUCUACAGUGAAGCACAGUCCACCUUCUCAGAAGACCGAAGAGACCUCAUCGAUCUCCAAGGCAUGACCUAUGCCGAGCUCAAGGCUACUGCUCUCGAGAACAUCAUGCAGCUCGAACAGCCACAUGUCCCACCACAGUUUCGCGUGUCAAGACACAACAACUACCAAGAAAUCCUCAACGCCCUCGCCGCCGACAUCCGUCAAAAGCACCGCCGGCGCGUCGAACGUCAACGAGAGACCGAGUCUACGCGUGCCACGAUCCAACAGCUCGAUGCCAAAGCUCAAUUCCUCGAAGACCAACUCAAAUCGUACAACGAUUACAUUGAACAAUGCCUCCAUACGCUUGCCAACAAGAAAGGUACCAAGCACAAAUUCGUCAUGCCUUUCACCAAACAAUGGUCGCAUGAGCGCGAACUCGAACGCGCGGGCCGCCAGCCCAAGUUCGGCUCGUACAAGUAUUCUGCGCGCCAGCUGGCUGACAAAGGCGUCUUGCUCACAUGGGCACAAUACCCACAGGAGCAAUGGGGCAAUCUGGACAUUGUCAUCAGUUCCGAUGAAGUCGGUGUGUUCCAUCUGGAGGCUAGUUCCGGCAGCAUGAUGUUGCCCGGCGCGAGUGCGAUUCUGUCAUUGGAUGAGCUCUUGCAGGCGCAAUACGAUGGUCUGGCAACGAUAAAAGCUUUCGAAGAGGCUCAAGGGGGUGCCGCGAAGUUGGCGGUGAAUUUGUUGUUGCAUUUGGUUUUCAAGAAGUUUUACAAGGACGGGUGAUCCACGGAUCACGAAUUGGAGGGGGAAGUGAUGACGAUGAUGGGAUGAAUGAAGGCGAUGCGACGACGACGACGCUUUGAUGGUCUUAUGCUUGCAUGGUCAAAGGAUUUGUUUCUGGUAUAGCGAUGGGCGUUGGCGGUGUUCUUGCUCUUUUGAAAAGGAGGGGUUUUCACGGCUUCACUCUUAUGGCUUCCGUAACACGUAAAACGUGGAUAGUUCGAACGAUGGACAUUAGCAGACAGUAGAGAGCAAAGAGAAAAAGGUACACAGUUUCCUUCUAAGGC